AAAUUUAGUUAGCUAAAAAUAUGUGUAUUUGUGGACAUAAUGUAUUUAAUGAAUGCAAUAACGAUUUCUAUUCGAGAACUGUGGCCAUUGAGAAAAAAUUUGGAUUUUAAGUUAUUGUUACAAACUACCUGAUUUGUAGUCAUGUAUAGUUCAGUUGUUGAGAACUCAAAGAACGACACGUGUACGUAUUGGUCAGUUAUUCCCGGGCCCUCUUAAUCGAUUGCUGACUUUCUUAACAGAACGCAACGUUCAUAUGAACAGCUGAGCAAAUUAAUAGAACCACCAAAAUCACUCAAAGAUACAGAGAUAAACCUCAGAAGUUAACACACGGAAAAAGCUUAAUCGGAUCAACGCGUCUCCCUGAUCAAGAAUAUAUCUCAUAUGGUAAAUAAAGCAUCAAUUAUGCCACAUUUAUCCUUAGCUGUUUACUGUUGGUAAAACGAAUACAAGUCAGCCACUAGCUAUAUUCAUCCGAGAUGUCAACAAUAAAUCGGCGGAUAAAAGUUAAAUUUCGAUAUACUGAACCCAUAAAUCAGAAUGAAGACAUUGCUUUAAAAUGUGGGCGUAACGCUCUAUUAGCCUUCAACUUUCUGAAUGUAUCUCCACUUUCAAGGGCAGGCAAGGAGCGUAGCCAAGCAGUAUUAAAUGCCAAAUUAUCAAAUUCAAAGAAGUCUGAAUUAAUAUGUAUCCAGCAGCCUAUUAAUCCUGCCAAUAAUCCGAAUUGUAAUACUCAGCGUACGCAUGCGGUUAAAAGUUUGUUAAAAAACUGUGAAAUCAGCAGCCAAGCAAACAGCAAUAUAUUUGCAACGCAGACAUCGAUUAAAUGCAACAUCCUUCGGAAAAAGUGUAACAUGAUUAUUGCGUUUUUAGUAACGUUUUCCCUUAUAUGCUCAUCGCAAUCGAUAUUAGUGGAUGAAGACGAUGUAGUCGGCAUUGCUAAUGGAGACCGUUUGUCUGCGAUCUCUAAUAACACGAACUUUCGAACAGCUGGAAAAUCAAUUUCCAGCAAUAGCACGGCUAGUAGAUCCGCAGUUGCCGUAAACGGAUAUCUCGACAAAUUGGACAAUUUGGAGCGAAGCGUUGCAGCUGUGCUAAUUAAAGUGGCUUAUGGAACAACAUCCACAACUAAACGAAGUAUACCCGAUAACAGCUACAUUUUGGGCCUCACCACUGUCGCGACGCCACUUUUAACUACACUCAGGUACCAAUCGGCUAAUCAAGCCCAGCAUAAUGGAGGUCGCCAUAGAAACUAUGAACUAGACUUGGAGCGCGAUCAUGCGCUGCCCACUUCAGCUCCAAACGCUGAUAUAUUAAAAAGUAAUAAUAAUCCCACCUAUCCGAAUCCAAAUCGUCAUCACAGCAUCAGCAGUCAUGAUAGAGAUCGUCAUCGACAUACAAUGCAAUACAAUUCAACGCCAAUGCCAUCAAUUCCUAACUUACUAAAGAAAACCAGCGGCCAACCAACUAUACCAAUGUACCCUGGAGAUAUUCCGUCAUAUUCGCCACCAUCAAGAUCAUUUUUUACUCCGCCAUUACCACCGGAAUAUCAAAAUCCAUUUGCCGACAAACCCACAUUACGGGGCACUAAUAACGAAGGUCUUGUAUCGAAUACAGUGCAAUUUAAUAACAGGCGUCCAAUACCGCCACCCAGCUUGAUGCCCGGCCAUGAAAGAAUACCAUUUCGUCCGCCCGAUUUGGCAGCAUCGAUUGGUAACGAAAAUGGAAAUUCAAACGACAGCUACGUCACCAGUUCCGUAGAGCUGAAAAAGUCACUUAUCGCGACCAGCAUGCAGGGAGCAUUUGACGUUUCCGGCGAUCGUAAAAAAGCACUCAAUACACCAUCUCGCAAUGGAAAUGAUGCAGUUGUAGUUGAAACACCUGAUCAUAAUAAUAAUGCCAACAAUCAUAAAACACAAGAAACCGGCACUUCUAAUGACAAAGAAAAUACUAAUAAAAGACAGGAAGUAUUACCGAAUAUUAGACGUAUACUGGGAUCAAAUGGUAAGAAAGGUGACAUUCCUGCCGUUUUGCUGCGGCACGUGACACAACGUCCCAUGGUCACCUACCAUCAGCCACCAGCAUCGCCGAUUGUUUCAGUUGAUAACGUUGAAGCUGCAAUGGAUAGUAGUAGCAUCAGCAGUAUGACUGGUGAUAAUGGUACAUCUUCCGCUGCCAGUCCAAAUAUAAAUAAGAGUAAACAGUCGCCAGGACAAUUGGAUUUGAAUAAUGCUGCUACAAAAAAUUCGCUUGGAAGUAAUUUUAGUCAGGCAGCAGUUACCACACCAUCCGCUGCAGCUGCAGUUGGUGAGGCAGCUGCUACAUCAUUUACGUCAGCAACAACAAACGCAAGACCAACUUUGAAAAGCAAUUUAGUAGCAGGUAAAUCUGAUCAAGAUGCUGGCAUAAAAGGAGUCGUAAAUGGGGAAGGAAAUGAUGUGGGCGCAGCUGCUGCUGCAGCAGCAUCUGCACAUACCACAUGGACUUGGGCAUGGAACAUACAUAUAUAUCUCUCAGUCGUACUAUUCACCAUAUUAGCAGUCUAUUCGUUUUACAAGCUUGUUACCUAUAACAAAUUAACACAUCUAUUCGCACAGUCAUAUUUUGUUUACAUACAACUUAUACUAAUUGCAAUUUGCAUAAUGCGCAUAAUUUACUUGUGUGUUGAUGCAUACAAUAUUCAUGGAACAUUUCCAAUAUUUGUCGCAGAGGUUUUGUUGAAUUUGCCGUCAACAUUCUUGACCGUUGCAUUUGCAGUGCUAAUACUAUUUCUAUUUCUCAAGUCUCUCAAUCACAAAAAUAAUCGGUAUUCAGCGCUAGUCCGGCCAUUAACCGUCGUUGUCGGUUGUGGUGUUCAUGUUGGACUUUGCAUAACUUUGCAUUAUGUCGAAUCGUAUACACUACAGAACCAUCAUAUGUACUAUCAGCAACAGCAGCAACAGCAAUACUUUCGUCGUCAACAGCAGCAACAGAACCAACAAUUUCUACAGCAACCGCAAUCACCGUUUUCAGCUAGCCCAUCAAGCAGUUUGGCAAAUCCGCCUCCUCCUCGUGUUCUGUCACUGAUAUGCCAAAUAAUAUAUAUUUUCAUUUGCUUUAGUUUGGGUCUACUAUAUCUGUAUUUAUAUCGGAUUCUAAAGCGCAUACUAAGAAGCAAAUCACAAAACUAUAUACAUGGCUAUCAAAAUUUGUCCUAUGCAAUUCAUAUUACAAUCGCAACAGCGUUGCUUUUUGUUUUAUUAGCUGUUCUACAAAUCUUUGGCGCUAUUUGCAUCUCAGCAGCGCGUCCUUUGAUGAGUCAAGCUAAUAUUGUGGAAAUUGAUUGGAUGCAGUGGGGCUAUCAGUUUUCAUUGCGUCUGAUCGAGAUUGCAAUCAUAACUCUAAUAUCCUGGGUGACGGGCCUAAAAACAAGCGUUGGUAGCAAUGUCAAUGCCGCCAUAUCCAUCAAUAGCGAUGUUCGUAUGGUUGGGCAAGCUACUGGUAGCUUUGGUAGUGCCAAUGCCACCAGCAGCGUAAUGAGAGAAAAGCAUGCUGCUGCUACCCACCACAAUUCACAUUCAAAUGUUGCAAACUUCUUCUUGCCUUGUACAUCAAGCUCCAGCCAGGAACAGUUCGAAACUGAUUAUCCAGCCAUUUGCAAUGCAAAUACUAAUUUACAUACGUAUACAAUGCGUACAGGAAAGCUUAUCUAUGAUGAUAGCUAUGCUCUAAACUCGUUGGCGGGACCAUCGGUGGCGUCUCCAAGUGGCGGUAGCACCGAGUAUCAGCUGCAAGAACCUAUGUAUCAGAGACCUUACGAUACUGGCUCUGUAAGAAGUGCUAUCAAUCAUAAUAUUACAGCUGAAUAUGGUACACAAACAUCUAGAUACCAUCAUAUUCAUCAUAAUCAAUAUAAACAUCAGCACAACAGCCGCGUGCAUGAACCGACGUCAUAUAUGAGCGCGGAUUAUAUGACCGAUUCAACAACCGAUCAUUACGAGAAUCCAAAUUUUGAUUUGCGCACUAGUUCAACAGGUGCUGUCGGUGGGAUCGGAGUUGGAGCCAUACAAAAAUUGGCCAAAAAUACUGUUAGCUCUGGAUCAGCAUCUGGAUCAGGUUCUGGGUCCGGUUCCUCCGGUACAUCACAGCAGCAAAUGCUGCUAUUGCAGAGCGAUAGCUGCUAUUCAGAGCCAUUACAUGAGAAUUCCAACUAUGAGUUUAAUAAUUUUGAGCGGCCAGUUUUCAAAGAAAAAUCGAUUGGUAAUGGUUCACAUCCAACCGAUGGAUGCUGGCCAGAGAGGGAGAAAGACGGGCGCAAGCUUUCAAAGAGCCGGGAUCGAAAACAUGAUAAUAACAGUCAGCUCGAUACGACAAAUGAAUAUCCAGAACGACGUAGCUCAAACUCAACAAAUUCAUGUUCCUCAUCAAAUGGUAUACGUUAUACCAGCUAUAAUGCAUAUGAGAGUGGUGGUCAUUACAAUGGUGUGCGGAAAAGCGGUACAUUAAGCAACAUUGCUACUGGCUCGAAAACGGUUGCUGGUCAGUGUGGAGGUAUCAGUAUAGAAAAUGGUCAUGGUCCUGGCCCAGGCACUGGUCGUGCAAUCACCGCUAUGCCCGGCAUUAAACGAGGGAAUGGUGCUCAGACAUUAGCACACACCGAGCGUUCGCAUUGUUUUCAAAGAAGUGGACGUGUGAACACCGUCAAUAAUAGAACCUUACCAUCGAAUAACUUUGAGUUAGCACCGGGCGCUUGCAAUGAAUUGGCGAUAAAGCAACUUCAAGUGAAGCAACAGCAGCAAACACACCACCAUCCGCAUCAACAUCACCAGCUGCAUUACAAUCAUAACAAUUCCGAAGAGGAAGAUGAGGAAGAAGAUGAGGAUAUGAUAUCAGGCAACAAUGUCGAGUGCACCAACUUGAUAAGUAAUAAUGAGCAUGGAUAUUGUAUAGCAAGCGAUAACAGCAUUACGACAAACAAAACUCCACACCUGCAUGUACAAAAUAAUACAAAAGACCUAAAGACAAAUGUUUCAACAACAUCAGGCGAUGCUGAAUCACCUUCAUGCGCCGCGGAUAGUACGAUUGUUGCUGAUCAGGGUUUUCUGCGCUUUCGGGGCGUCAAUGAAGAACAAGUGGAGGUCGGUCUUGGCAAGCCAACAAAUGGGGUUCAUCAGCCAAAUCGCAGCGCAUCUCUAAUAUGUAGUAAUAUUAACGGCAUCGACUGCUAAGCAAGUACACUUCAUAUAUAUAUAUAUCUAUUUAUAUAUACUCUCAUCGACACCUGUCGUCGCUGCCGCCCCUUACUGCCAAUUGUAGUUAAUUCAACACUUUCUACUCUCUUUAAACUUGU